AGCACCCAAAAAUCCCUAAACCUCGUACAUAUUUUACACCAGGGACAAGACUGGUUGCCGCCUUGCCGCAUAAACAAGGGAGUUUGUCGGUUUGCUGUUACCCAAUUGUCGUUUGAAACAUAUCCACGUUGGGGUGGGGCAAAAGUUAUUCGAAUUGAAACAGCAACAAACAAAGUUUAUUUACAAAAUGCAUGUCAAUAAUAUUGUUUGUGGUUAUCUGGAUGUUAAAAUUUCUGCUAAAAGUAGAAGAGGUUUAACUCCGUGGAAGGCAUGGCAAAAGCAAUGGUGUGAAUUAAAACGUGUAGACAGUAUGGAAAAUGGGGUUGAAUUAACACUCAAAUCAUCAAUGGAAGGUUCAGUCUUGAACUGUGUCUUGUUACCAAGAUCUUCAACUGUUUGUAGAACUGAUUCAAGAACUAAGCAGUAUGCGUUUGGAGUGUUUACAAUAAGCCGGACACAAAAACCUCUGUUAUUUUUGUCAGGAGCAUCUGAAAGUGAUGCACAAGAUUGGAUGUCAUCGAUACGAAAGAUGCUGUGUGUGGCCACGUAUUUACCAGUUGGGGAGUCAAAUUUCCACGUUUCUAUUAUCGAUAACAGCCAUUCAAGGGCUGCUGGAUUAGUUGGUCUUCAUGGUGUGCUUGGCACAAAUCCUCAAGAAAUAGUUAUUUCAGAUCCAUGUACUGGUGAAUCCAUAUUAUCGUGGCAGUGGCAUCAGUUUCAUCAAUUUCAUUUUCAAGCACCUGCCCAUCCAGUGGAUGACAAACAGAUCAUCAUUAUGCACACCAGUGGAGAAUUUUCUGUUGGGCCUGGCCAAAUACAUAUCUACUGUAAGCAAGGAUCACGCCUUUUAAAUCACUUAGUAUCUAGAGGAAAGAGAUCUAGGACAACUUUUGGUUUGAGAUCAUUGAAAAGGUUGAGUCGUAGUGAAGGAGAUCUUUGUAAUAAUACAAAUAGUAACAAAUUAUGCUCAUCAAAUAGCCCUAUGUGUAUAAGAAGUCAAGCUGGGAGCGACGAUUCUGGAGUUAGAGGAUCUGUUACUUCCGAUGAUUCACAGUACUUAUCGAAACCAAAGACUGCAUCAAGCCUGCUUAGUUUGGGGUUAAUUGUGUUCACGAAAACUCCUGGAGGAAGUAUAACCAAUGAUGAUUCUUUACAAGAUUUAACAGUUUUAGAAGAUGAGACAUCUAACAAGUGCCUCUUAUUACGACGAGAAUCGGGCAUUUCUUUAGCGUCGGGAAUAUAUGAAGAAAUCGCAGACGAACCCGUUAAAACGGCCAUAUCGCAAACAAAUCAUAUCUAUGAAAAUCCGUUAGAUUUAAUUGUAGACAUGAAUUCUAAAUUAAAGAAACAUUGUAAACCGCCGCCUUUACCACCACGAAAACUAGAUUUUAAGGGUGAUUGUAGUUUAAAGAAAUUCAACUUGAGACAAUACAAACAUCGCUGUAAUACUCUACCAGCUAAAGAUUUAUCAAGAAUUUCGCAGAUUUUUACAUCUGAUUCUGAGUACGUUAUUAUGAGUCCGGUAAAAGUUUCUGAAAAAACAAAAGAAAAAUCGAAAAUUUCAGCAAUUACGGAGAGCUUGUAUAUGCCGAUGUCACCUGUUAUCGGUUUAAAAAAUAAAAUCGAAAAUUGUUAUAUGAUUAUGAAUGGUAGCAAGAAGUAAGAUUUUAUAUUUGAAACGAAUCAGUUGAAAAAACAAGUACAAACGUGUUAAAUUAAGUGAUUGCUCAAUAUUUUGAUCUCGAAAAUUAAUUGUGUAAUAAGACUGUUGGAUCCAAAAUAACUAACCUCUCUUAAAAAAUGACAUUUGUAUAUAGUAAACUGUAUUUUCAAAUGCCUUGCUUCUUGCCUUUUCUUGUUGAUUGUUGUUGUUAACUGUGUUUAUGCCUUAUUUGCUUAUAUGGGGGCCUAACUAUUAUGGUUAAAACUUUUAAAUUUUGACGUUACUAAUUAUGAAUUAUUAAACAAAAACGUAAAAAAAUAUAAACAAUGUAAUUUUUUUAUUUAUUGUAUCGUGGCAUUGUAUUUGAGUAGUUUUAUUAGACAUAACGGGUGUGCAACAUAAUUAGUGAUCUCAGUAGAUCAGAGAGAAAUAUGUAUGUUCCUCAACCGUUAUUAUUGUAUCCGUUUAACUAUUUAUUGUUUUUGCAUGGCCUGCUAAAGGAAACAUGAAUCUUAAUUAUUGUCCUUUACAUUUCUGAGACGCGAAAUUGAACCUUUGGAGCGUAACAACCAGAAAAGUCUAGUUACGAGUACGGUAAUGAAUAAUACUUUUGGUAGCAGUUUAAAUUUCAAAAUUCCUGCAUUGUUAUACGUUUGACUUGAUGAAUAGCUAAGAUAUAAAAAUUACAUCAGGCAAAAUCAGAAAUGUCGGUUUGAGCUUGGGGUAUGUGCAAUGUUAUUCAAUGGGUUUUAUCUUUGUCCCAUGUAACAAAUUUGAGGUAACCCUUUUCUGAUAUUUUGGGUGCAGAGCUAGGAGGAUAAUUUUAAAUCUAGUAAUAUUUAAAAUUAAACAAAAAACACGUAUUUUAAACUGCACAAAAUAAUUUUGUAAUGCAAGAGAUACCAUUGGUCUCAUUUGGUCCAGAUAUGAUUUCUUCCUUCUCUUGUACUGAGUAGUUCUCUUUUAAUACGGUGUAAAACGCUUAAUUUUCGCGUUGUUCAAGGUAUUUUUAAAAUUUGCGUUAAAUCCACAUCUUGAACGCUUUCAACGUAUUCAUGUUUGUUGUUUUUAAAAUUCGAGUUUCAACUCUGUAGCAAAACCCGACUAUAUGUAGUAAGUUACUACCUAGUUUUAGCCGGAGUGCGAAGUCGAGAUGUGUGUCCAAAAAUAGUCCACGCAUUUUCAUAUCAU